AUGAUUGGCUGUAAUACCACUGUUGUUCGGGGUGGUGUAGGUGCAGCUAAAGGCGCAUGUAAUGGGGUUCUGCGGCUCUGCCAAGGUGUUCUUUAUAAUGGUCUCUCUGAUAUAUCUUGUUUGGUUAUGGAGAAGCUUUUUGAAGAACUUAGGGGGAUUUUUUGUAUUGCUCAUGUUGAAGAAGAUGAUAUAUCUUCACAUAAACUAGAGCUUUUAGUUGGAAAGUUGGAGAAUCCUUAUGGUAUUCUGGAUUUUGUUAGGGGUUUAAAAGAUGAAGGUAAUGCCUUCUAUAAACAGUGCAAUAUGGGAUUAGCGCUUACUAAAUACUCUCUUGCACUCAAGCUAUUAUCUUUUGUCACGGUGGGUAAUGAUGAAGAUAAAUCAUUUUUUUUUAGCCUAGCUGUGUCUCUUAAUCUGAACUUGGGUGCUUGUUAUGUCAAAGAGGAAAACUUUGACAAGGUGGGUCAGUUGUAUUCUGCAGUUUUGUGUUAUGAUACUUCUAAUGUGAAAGCUUAUUUUAGAAGGGCGAUGGCAGCUUUAGGGCUCAAUAAACCCGAAUUAGCUUUCAUGGAUCUUGCACAAGCAAUUAGGAUUGAUCCCACCAACAGAGAGUUUCAACAAAAACUCAAUGAGGUGAUAUCUUUAUUGGGUUGGUCUUCGGAUUUUGUUAAUGAGGCACUUGCAGUUACAAGAGAGGAUAAAAUGUUUAGAGAUUAUGCUAAAAUUGGGAAAGAAGAAGAAAAGAGGAAGUGUCAAGCAACCCCAAAUUUGGCACAAGAUGAUUCGACCAUAGGUAUGGUUGAUCAAGUAUCAUCGUGUGAAAGUACGUCAGUUUCCCUUCCAGUUGCUCCAGUCUACUCCCCGUUGAAGUCUGUUGCAAGCCUCAACAACCCCUCUUCUCAGAAUUUGAAGUUAUUGGAAGAGUGGCUCAAAAAGGAAAGCGUCUUAUCCCAUCGAACUCCUAUGGCUUCCGAAUAG